AUCAAGGUGCAAUGGUGAUGGCAAUCAUCCAUGGUUUACUUGAGGUUCUGAAAUGUAUUUGACUAUCAUUUAUAGUUCAUUGUUUGACAUUACAGUAAAAUAACAGACCAAUAAACAGUACAAUUUAAUCAUGUAAAAUUAAUUUGAAAAAUACCGAUAUCUAAUAUGGUUGCUGAGUCAGAGGCACGAAAUUAAAUAAAAUUAAAUAGUCUGAAUUUAUUUUUUAGAGUUAAAUUUUAUAUUUCAGAACAAAAUUAAAAGUUUUUUUAUACGCCCUUUUGGCUUUAGGCUAAACUUUUUCUAAAGCCAAAAGGGCGUAUGUAUUGAGAUAUGCCCUUUUGGCAUUAGUACAUUGAAAAAUUUUUUUUGACAAAUCUUUACGUUUCGAACAAUUCUAAGUUGAAUGGCAAAAAAAAAUUUUUUUAUACGCCCUUUUGGCAUAACUCUCUAUCUAACUGCUGUAAUACGCCCUUUUGGCAUUUGGGUCGCGAAUUGUUACUUGUGCACUUUUCAUAUCAAUUUUAUACAGUCCAUGGACUUUAAUGGUGAAAAUAAAAAUGUUUUUGUCUCUUCUAUUUUGUCUUAUAUGAAGCCACAUGAAUCUGAUGAUGAGCUUCAUAAUGAAGAACUUGAGGAUUUAUCAAAUGAUGAGCUUCAUAAUGAAGAACUUGAGGAUUUAUCAGACGGUACUGAUGCAGAGGAUAAUGGCUCCUUUCAAAACAACCGUGAUGGCCAUAAAAAUGACGAAGUAACACCGCGCCGAGUACUAACAGAAUCUACAAAUUUACAAACGUCGACUUCAGCUUCACGACGUCCUCAGCAACCAAGAACUCGAAUUAAGCGGCCUCUUCAGCGACCUCAGAAAAACUUAAAACUUUCUAAGAAAACAAUGAGACUUGAAGCUAUGGUUGAUUCUUUGAAUAAGAAGGUGAAUAAAUUAAUUAAAAAAAAUCAACCGAUUGGACAGCAAAGAAGCCAACCAAACGUAUCGCCUUUGUCAUAUCCAAAUUUAACAGAAACUGUUGUGGUAGAAGGAACUCAAGAGUUUGUCGUUAUUGAUGGUUUAAAAAUUGAUGCAGACAAUAUGUCAGAUAUUCUUAUGCAAAAGACAAUGAGACGACGUGCUAAUCUUGUAAUGAGAGAAAUAUGGCCGCCGGAUGUAAUGAAAAACAUGUAUCUGAUACGACAAGAUAAUGUAGAAGUACAAACGAUUACAACCCCUGAAGAUCGGCGAAAAUUGAAAAAAAUUUGUUUAUACCUGCAAAGACGUCGAGAAAUUCACUAUGGCGAAGGCUCUAACGAUGACAUUAACAUACAUUUAAAAAAUUGGAUGAGCAUGGCUUUUCGUGCAUGCAGAAGAAAAAUAAAAUAAAGCCAAGAAAAUGUGGUUAAUUAACUUAAUUUAAAGUUAGAAAUACAACGCAAUGGUUACAACUGAUAUGAGUAAAAUAAUGUGCAAACUGUCGUGCUGUGAUAGUUUAUGAUUAAACUGAUUCUACUAAUAUUAUUAUUACUGAUAUUCUAAUUAUUGUUAUUGUUUAAAUACACAGAAUAUUAUUAAUA